AUGUCCAUCCCGUCAUUUCGUAUGAAAGACGUUUUCUCAUUGGUUAAAACAGCCAAGGUAGAUCACUCUAGGCCAGUUAUCGAAACUGGAAAAAAAAAAAUGACAGCACCUGUUGUGUACAUAACGAGAAUAGAAAGUUUCAGUGCAUGUCAUAGGUUACACAGCUUACAACUUGGUGAGGAAGAAAACAAAAAUGUAUUUGGGAAAUGUAACAACCCGAAUGGACAUGGGCAUAAUUACAAAGUGGAGGUGACUGUGAAGGGACCUGUUGACCCUGUAACAGGAAUGGUUAUGAAUAUAACUGACCUCAAGAAGAUCAUGCAGGCUGUAAUAAUGGACACACUAGACCAUAAGAAUAUUGACAAGGAUGUUCCAUACUUCAAAGACAAAGUCAGCACAACAGAAAACCUUGCAGUGUUUAUUUGGAUUGAACUUCAGAAACAACUACCCACAAAUUAUUUGUAUGAAGUCAGGAUUCAUGAGACAGAUAAAAAUGUAAUCUUCUAUCGAGGCGAGUAACAGGACCAUUGAUAUAUAGAAAAAUCUAGAUGUCAUUCCACAUGUUUUUUACUCAUUUAGACACUGCAUUGUUAUAUGAAUUUAACCACAUUAACAAUGUGAUUGUCAUCCAAGAGUCAAAAGGAGAAUAUAGCAUGCACAGUACGUGAGAUGGACUUCCAACUUAGUAGUAUUUGUGACAUCGCAGCAUGAUGAGUAGAUAUGUGCAUCACAUGAGGACAGUAAACAUUGUGCUUAUUUGUGAAUUUCCUUCCUCAUUCUUAAGUUUUCUUUUAAAAUAUGACUAUAUUAAUUGUCUUUGUGAAUAAGACCUGUGUAUUAAGAUGUUCAAAAAAAUAAACAAAGUUUCUUUUAUAUGGUUAAGUUCAUAACCCGUAUUAAAAUGUGUGUUCAUGGUUUAUACUUUUUUUUAAAUCUAAUUUCACCUAGUUAAUCAUGAUAUUUUACUUUAAAAACUAACACUACUCAAUUUUAAUACCCAUGUAGGCAAUGAAAUGGUUUCAUUCUAAUUUUCCUAAUAAUGUUCAGCAUGUUUGAAUUGGUUCUUAGACCACCAAUACUCUGCUUGUCACAGCAGGAGUUACCACAGGGUUCUAUUUUAGGCUCUCUUUUGUUUGGUUAUAUUAACAAUCUCCCAUUGUGUAUACUGAUUUCAAGUGCAUGUAUUGAUCGUUUGUUGAUGCUGCUACUGAUCUUGCACUAUUCUGAUAACAAUACUGAAUUCUAUCUAUUGAACAAUGGCUACUGGUUAGCUGAGCAAUGACUGCUAGUACUGUCUGAUAUCAAACAAAUAUUGAAUGUUGUUGUCAGGAGAACUAACUGAUGUUUGUAGGAAUACACCAGAAAAAUAACAAGUGGUCAAUCCUUCAUUUGAUUUAAUUGUUUCUGGUCAAUAAAUUAAUCAAAUUA